AUGGCUGAGUCCUGCCAGGGGCAAUCGCAGCGGUUGUGGGCAUCUUCCCUCCUUUCCUUUGUUUCGAUCAUCUACAUCCUAUCCUGCCUUAUCCCCCAGGCUGCACUGCUUCCCUGUGUUCUUCUGGUGGCAAAUGCUCUUUGCUGCUUCAUCUCUGGAGUGAACCACAGCGAGGAAGCACUUCAUCAUCCAUGCGCUGUUGGAUCAUUCUUCCCAGGCUGGCAGACGGCGCUUGAGACUGAGGAGAUGGUGGCAGCGAGGAGCACCAGCACCAGAGAUUGGUGCUGGCAGACAGACGGGUCGGUCAUCGUGCUGCUGCUCCUUCUGCAGCCGCUGCAGCAAAUGGCAUGGAGGGACCUGGAGGAGCUGGUGGAGCAGGGCAGCCUGUCCUGCUGCAGCUCCCCCAGUGCCCCGAGUGUGGAGCGGCAAGGAGCUGAGGCACCUCAGUCAGGUGCCGACAGACAGCUGGGUCGGCCAUCGUGCUGCUGCUCCUUCUGCAGCCGCUGCAGAAAAGCUGAUGAGAAGCUGAAGUGGCUGGUGCUGUCGGCGCUGCCCGAUGACGUGCCUACUCCGCGCCCUGACUUCUGGGAGGCGGCUUGGAGGGACCUGGAGGACCUGGUGGAGCGGGGCAGCCUGUCCUGCUGCAGCUCCCACCGUCCCUGGAGCUCUACCAAAGUAAACAAGGACUCCCUUAAUGUACACCAAGGAGCCUCGGCAGAGCACGUCCCCGUUAGUGCCCCUGGACACGUGCAGACUGGCGCAGCCCACACAGAUUCCAGAACACAGCCCAGCUGUUUGCGCUCUUUUGUGCUGCGUGUUCUGGGCUUCUCCAGGCAGGUAACAAAACCUGCCCAGACAAAGAAUCAAGGUGGCAAGGCAGCCAGCAGAGCAGUAGGAGAUGCCUCUGAGGACAGCUUUUCCAGCUGGCCGCCAUCAGCAGAGGACUGCAUUUUACGCGAGAACAUCCUUCUGCCAGACGGACGGCUGCCUCAGAGACCGGAUAAUCUGGUGCCCAUCCCAGAGUGGGCAGUGAAUCCACCAGCAGAGCGUAGCAGCUACACAGAGGCUGCGGGAGUGGCAACAAGAAGACCAGCUCCAACCCGCAGAGAUGUCCGGACUUCUGACAGAGAAGAGAACUGCAAGUGUUUCUGUGGUGCACAGAACAGACCUGAGAUGGGCAGUGGCAAGGAAAGGAGAAGAGCUGAUGAGCUGCAUGCUGGGACCUGCUCCUACACAGUGCGAUCGAAGCUAGGGACAGUCACACGUGAGUGCAUCAUGCAAACAACUGCGGCUAUACAUUGGUGGGAGCAGAAGGAACAGCAGCCUGUUGGAUUGUCCACGUGUCCACCAGAAGUUCCCCAAGAGCACAGGACAGUGAGACCAGCAGCAGCAGCCCCUUCACACCUGGCUACGCGAGGUGACCACAGAAGUGCAACCCGCCUGCGUGUGAGCUCUGCCCUCACGGGCAAGAGAAGCACAGAGCAGCCCCUAUGCACCUGCAUGCGGCCACCUGCGGAAGAGGAACUUCAUGGAGCAGUCAAGGGGCAAGUCAAAAACAAUGCCCAGAAGCCUUCUGCAUUUUUUUCUGCCCUAAAGUAUUGGGGGGGUUCUAUAACUGUGGAAUCAAAAACAAAUGUGGGGAAGACAGUCCAGUACAACACGAGAAAGCUGUACUGGCAUGUGCACUAGCCCCCCAGACAUGCUGGGAAAGAGACAUGGGGCUCCAAAGCAGACAGAGGUGCCAAAAAGGAGCCUCAUAGCAUCUGCUUUGGCUUGCUGCCACCAGUGACCAUGACAAUAGUACGUGGCAUUCGCUAUGGUGCCCUUGAGUGGCUGGCUGGUAGGAAGUGGCUCAGCUGGUUCCCGCAUGGCUCUUGGCCACUGGCAGACGGCGCUUGCGACUGAGGAGAUGGUGGCAGCGAGAAGCAGCAGCACCAGAGACAGGUGCCGACAGACAGCUGGGUCGGCCAUCGUGCUGCUGCUCCUUCUGCAGCCGCUGCAGAAAAGCUGAUGAGAAGCUGAAGUGGCUGGUGCUGUCGGCGCUGCCCGAUGACGUGCCUACUCCGCGCCCUGACUUCUGGGAGGCGGCUUGGAGGGACCUGGAGGACCUGGUGGAGCGGGGCAGCCUGUCCUGCUGCAGCUCCCACCGUCCCUGGAGCUCUACCAAAGUAAACAAGGACUCCCUUAAUGUACACCAAGGAGCCUCGGCAGAGCACGUCCCCGUUAGUGCCCCUGGACACGUGCAGACUGGCGCAGCCCACACAGAUUCCAGAACACAGCCCAGCUGUUUGCGCUCUUUUGUGCUGCGUGUUCUGGGCUUCUCCAGGCAGGUAACAAAACCUGCCCAGACAAAGAAUCAAGGUGGCAAGGCAGCCAGCAGAGCAGUAGGAGAUGCCUCUGAGGACAGCUUUUCCAGCUGGCCGCCAUCAGCAGAGGACUGCAUUUUACGCGAGAACAUCCUUCUGCCAGACGGACGGCUGCCUCAGAGACCGGAUAAUCUGGUGCCCAUCCCAGAGUGGGCAGUGAAUCCACCAGCAGAGCGUAGCAGCUACACAGAGGCUGCGGGAGUGGCAACAAGAAGACCAGCUCCAACCUGCAGAGAUGUCCGGACUUCUGACAGAGAAGAGAACUGCAAGUGUUUCUGUGGUGCACAGAACAGACCUGAGAUGGGCAGUGGCAAGGAAAGGAGAAGAGCUGAUGAGCUGCAUGCUGGGACCUGCUCCUACACAGUGCGAUCGGAGCUAGGGACAGUCACACGUGAGUGCAUCAUGCAAACAACUGCGGCUAUACAUUGGUGGGAGCAGAAGGAACAGCAGCCUGUUGGAUUGUCCACGUGUCCACCAGAAGUUCCCCAAGAGCACAGGACAGUGAGACCAGCAGCAGCAGCACCUUCACGCCUGGCUACGCGAGGUGACCACAGAAGUGCAACCCGCCUGCGUGUGAGCUCUGCCCUCACGGGCAAGAGAAGCACAGAGCAGCCCCUAUGCACCUGCAUGCGGCCACCUGCGGAAGAGGAACUUCAUGGAGCAGUCAAGGGGCAAGUCAAAAACAAUGCCCAGAAGCCUUCUGCAUUUUUUUCUGCCCUAAAGUAUUGGGGGGGUUCUAUAACUGUGGAAUCAAAAACAAAUGUGGGGAAGACAGUCCAGUACAACACGAGAAAGCUGUACUGGCAUGUGCACUAGCCCCCCAGACAUGCUGGGAAAGAGACAUGGGGCUCCAAAGCAGACAGAGGUGCCAAAAAGGAGCCUCAUAGCAUCUGCUUUGGCUUGCUGCCACCAGUGACCAUGACAAUAGUACGUGGCAUUCGCUAUGGUGCCCUUGAGUGGCUGGCUGGUAGGAAGUGGCUCAGCUGGUUCCCGCAUGGCUCUUGGCCACUGGCAGACGGCGCUUGCGACUGAGGAGAUGGUGGCAGCGAGAAGCAGCAGCACCAGAGACAGGUGCCGAGAGACAGCUGGGUCGGCCAUCGUGCUGCUGCUCCUUCUGCAGCCGCUGCAGCAAAGCUGAUGAGAAGCUGCAGCAGCUGGUGCUGUCAGCACUGCCUGAGGAUGCAGCAGCUCCGGGCCCUGGAUUCUGGAAGGUAGCGUGGAGGGAGCUGGAGGAGCUGGUGGAGCUGG